GUACAGAAGUACAUUGUGAAGAAUUAUUUCUACUAUUACCUAUUCAGAUUCUCAGCCGCUUUGGGUCAAGAAGUGUUCUACAUCACCUUUCUUCCAUUCACUCACUGGAAUAUUGAUCCUUAUUUAUCCAGAAGACUGGUCAUCAUAUGGGUUUUGGUGAUGUAUAUUGGCCAGAUGGCCAAGGACAUCCUGAAGUGGCCCCGCCCCUUCUCCCCUCCCGUCGUGAAACUGGAGAAGAGAGUGAUUGCUGAGUAUGGAAUGCCAUCUACCCACGCCAUGGCGGCCACCACCAUUUCCUUCACCCUCCUCAUCUCUACGAUGGACAGAUACCAGUAUCCCUUUGUUCUGGGGUUGUUGACGGCUGUGGUGUUUUCCACCUUGGUGUGUCUCAGCAGAGUCUACACUGGGAUGCACACGGUCCUGGUAAGUCCCUGUGGGCAGGUCUUGGGUGGAGUGCCUGUUUUUCUUUUGACCUUUGUUGUCACCGAUCAAACCCAUGGCACGUGGACUCUGACACUCAGUCUGGAGGCUAGUAUUUCUCCAAGUUUUUACCUCAGCAUUGUGUUGGUUGCCUUUGUUUUGGCUUUCAGAUUUCCAGUAGAAAGGCUGCCUGGCCCAACCCGGCGGACACCACAAACCAUCCUAGCCCGGCCCGAGUGACGUGAUAUAAGGUUCUGGAUGUACUUCUUCCAGCUCGUGUAGAGCGCCCGCGCCGAACCCUCCAUCAUUCAGGAACAUCCGCUGGCUUUCUACGACAUGUGCUUUUUAGUUCUGACCAGAGUAGAAUGCGUGCUGAUCCUUCUGGUCCGCCAGCUCAUUACCUGCAGUCUCCUGUGCAAGUCCCUACUAUUCUCGUGGUUCAAGGUGGUCACCAGGAACAAGGAGGCCAGGCGGAGACUAGAGAUCGAAGUGCCUUACAAGUUCGUCACCUACACAUCUGUGGGCAUCUGUGCCACAACCUUUGUGCCAAUGCUGCACAGGUUUUUGGGAUUGCUCUGA